AUGGCGAACGCCGAGGUGAGCGUCCCUGUGGGCGAUGUGGUGGUUGUACCAAGUGACGGCAACGAAGGGGAGAACCCGGAGGAUACCAAAACCCAAGUGAUCUUGCAGCUCCAGCCGGUGCAGCAGGGUCUGCUCAUGGGUGGCCACUUUCCCGACAGGAUUUACCAGGAGGGCUCGGAGGCUGGGGCUGCCGUGGUGGCUGUUGAGACCCACACCCUGCACAAGCUGGAGGAAGGGCUGGACCCCAGCACCAUUGAAACAAACGAGGAGAUUGAGAUUGCCUAUCCCAUCACCUGUGGGGAGAGCAAAGCCAUCUUGCUCUGGAAGAAGUUUGUUUGUCCAGGAAUUAAUGUCAAGUGUGUAAAGUUCAAUGACCAACUGAUCAGUCCCAAGCAUUUUGUUCACCUGGCUGGGAAGUCUACCCUGAAGGACUGGAAGAGAGCCAUUCGCCUGGGAGGAAUCAUGCUGAGGAAGAUGAUGGACUCAGGGCAAAUCGACUUCUACCAGCACGACAAGGUUUGCACCAAUACCUGCAGAAGCACCAAGUUUGAUCUCCUCAUCAGCAGUGCCAGGGCGCCAGUGCCAGGCCAGCAGAGUGUGGUGCAGACUCCUACAUCUGCUGAUGGGAGCAUCACCCAGAUAGCACUGUCGGAGGAGAGCAUGGAGGAGGGCAUUGAGUGGAACUCAGCCCUGACAGCUGCGGUCACUGUGGCCACUGAGGAGGGCAUGAAGAAGGACAUGGAGGAGAUCUCAGAGGACACGCUGAUGUUCUGGAAAGGAAUAGCUGAUGUGGGGCUGAUGGAAGAGGUAGUGUGCAACAUCCAGAAGGAGAUUGAAGAGGUCCUGAGAGGUGUCCAGCAGAGGCUGGGUCAGUCUCCCUUCCAGAUGACAGAUGCUGCAGUCUUGAACAAUGUUGCCCACACUUUUGGCCUGAUGGAUACAGUCAAGAAGGUUCUGGACAACAGGAAAAACCAGACAGAGCAAGGAGAGGAGCAGUUUCUUUACACACUGGCAGACCUGGAGCGGCAGCUGGAAGAGCAGAAGAAACUGGCCAAGGACCAGAAGACAAAGUCCCAAACCAUCCAGAACGUGGUGCUGAUGCCAGUCAGCGCCCCCAAGCCCCCCAAGCGACCCCGCCUGCAGCGCCCAGCCUCCGCCACUGUCCUCAGCCCCUCCACUCCCAUCCAGCAGCCGCAGUUCACUGUCAUCUCCCCCAUCGCCAUUGCCCCUGUUGGCCAGCAGUUCUCCAUGGGCAACAUCCCUGUGGCAACCAUUAGCCAGGGCUCCAGCCCAGUGACUGUUCACACCUUGCCCUCUGGCUCCCAGCUCUUCCGGUAUGCCACAGUGGUGUCCUCUUCGAAGACCAGCUCCUCUGACACUGUCACCCUGCACCCAUCCUCCAGCCUGGCACUGCUGAGCUCGGCAGCCAUGCAGGACAGCAGUGCCCUGGCAAACAUGGCCACCGUGGUCAACCCUGUGGAACUGGUGGCCAUGGAGUCUGGCCUGACUUCCACCAUCCAGGCUGUGGAGGGCACAUCAGAGGAUGGGCAGACCAUCAUCGAGAUUGACCCUGCGCCGGACCCUGAAGUAGACACGGACGAGGCAGAGGGCAAAGCUGUGAUCCUGGAGACAGAGCUGAGGACUGAGGAGAAAGUGGUGGGGGACAUGGAGGACCAUCAGCACCAGGUCCAUAACGUGGAGAUUGUGGUCUUGGAGGACUAGUGGGGAAGGCAAGCAUUGGUUUGGGGAAGAGUUGAGAAGUUACUUUAUUUUGGGCUUUUUUGUUAAGCAUCUUUUCCAGCCACCCAAUUUGUUCCCAUGGAUAUUCUUAUUGGACUGCACAGAACAGAGAGAGAAUUUGGAGUUUUGAACAAACAAAGCUGGAUAAACGUGGGAGACCUGGAAAAGACUCCAGCUCCGUGGAGCACUGAACAAUACCACCUGUUGGCAGGGGCAUGGAGAUUGGAUGUCUGCUAACAGCCUAGCUGGGAGGAACUGGAGGAGGGCUCCCAGCAUGAGUCCUCCCGGUGCUUCUGCUCCUCCCUUCCCUGGCCCUCAUCGCUGAUUUCAGAGGGACAGUCAGCAGUGGCUGGAGCGUUGGUGUCACUGUGAGAGAGGUGAUGGCUUGGGGUGGAACAGGUACCUCACUUGUGUUGUUUUCCCCCAGGAAGGGGCUUCUGUCGACUCUUCACUGUCACCUCAACCAGGAUUUUUUAAUGCUGAUUAUUCUAGUUUUGGGGAAGGCAACAGUAACCCUGCCUUUACUGUUCCUAUUCUCCUCCUCCACACACAUUGGGUUUAUAUAUUGUUCUUUGGGGGGUUGUUUGUGUUUUUUGUGUGUGUUUUUGUUUGUUUGUUUGUUUGUUUUUAAUUUGUUUGCUCUCACCCUUCCCAGAUUUCCCAGCUGCAAAGCCCUGGAACUCCUCUACCCAGUCUCAGGGUCACUCUAUCCCAAUCCCACCUUUGCCUGUGGCACUUUUCCCCCAUCCCUUUCCCCACCCAGCCGAGGUCAGUGCUGCAGCCUUGGCUUGGAGCCUCCGAGAUCACUUCUGAGCUUUUUGCAUAAAGGCAAAAUCUUCCCUGGAGCUGCAGCUCCAGCAGCUGCCCUGGGGCUGGGCACCAUGGGACUGCACAGAGCAUGUUGUGCUGCUGCUGGCCAGGAGAGCUGUGCUCCAGAUCAGGGCAGCUCCUGUUUACACGGUGUGCUGGGGCUGCUCCCUGCUUGUUGCUACUUGUUUGGUGGCUUAAGUUUUGCAAUUUUGGUUUAUUUCUUUUUUCUUCCUGUAAUCUCUUAGCAGGAUUAGAACUGGCACGUCACUGAAAUGCCUGCCCUGUGAUUUGCUGCCUUUCCCUCUUUUUGGUUUGGUUUGGUUUGUGCCCUGUGGCUGGGGGUCCCUUGGGUUUGGCCAUGGUGGGAAGAUGGCAGGAGGGAAGCA